UUUUUGCGAUCCAUGUUUUGAUAAGCCGUGCAAAUCCGGAGAAAUGUGUCAAACUGUGUCGCGAGGGAACAGUGUUUGUAUUAAAGAUUAUAAGAGUUCUUAUUGUGAAGAUGACUGGCUGUAUUUUGGUGGAUUUUGUUAUAACUUUCGGAACAUACAGAAAUCUUGGCAAAGUGCACAGGAAGAUUGUAAAGACAGAAACUCAAAUUUAAUAAAGGUAGAAAAUGAAGUAGAAAACAGCUGGAUCGUGUCUACUUUUCUGACAGCACAGACCAUUGAUAUACUAUGGAUUGGUGCAAGCGAUAUUUUAAAUGAGGGUCAAUGGCUUUGGGUUUCUGAUGGCUCAAAUCUAACAUUUUCACUUUGGAAUGACUACGAACCAAAUAAUUCUGGAACCGGUGAAGAUUGUUCUGUUGUUAAACAAACAGGCAUGGGAUGGAACGAUAUACCUUGUGACCAUACCGAACAAUACCUUUGUAAAAAGAAAUCCCGAUGAAAUAAAAUAGAUGGCUUUCCAUGAGGUCAACUACUACAGUAAUUAAAAGAACAGAGACUUGUCCAAUAUGUAAAUUUAUAUUGUUCCAAUAAAACUUGAUGGGCUGAUAUCAUUAAACUAAAAU